GAUCUACUCAAAGCACGGGAGGCAAGGGAGAUUACUGCACAAGGCUUUGGGGUGGGCCACCUAGAAGAUCCGCCACAUGCAACAACCGACCAAGCGCCUCCGUCAGAACCACCACUAUCUAACCAAGUAGCUCUCAGCCAGGGAAUAGUGCACCAGCCAUCAACGGUUAACACCCCACAGGGGUUCACCCAGCUCCUUGAUACCACAACUAGGGACCUCAUGUGCGCUGCAACACGAGUGGCUGAUAUGGUACGGGAGAACUGCGCACAAGCCUAUGGGGAUCACAAUUUCAAAAGGGUCAACGAGGCAUCCAAACUUCUGCUAGAGGUAUUGCAGCACGAACCGAAGGGCACAUACUCGACCAUCGACCAGGAGCCCCAUACGCCCCAUCAAACUUCCAUAGAUCGCGAAGAUGCGUUCUGGCAAAACCCUGACAACAUCAAGGCGUUAGAACGCGCUGAAUUGGCGGCGAUACGGGCAACCACGGGUAGCGACAUGCCCAGUUUCAGCCUGGGAUUCACACAAAAGUACCCUACGCAGGGAAAUGAGGACCCAAUACCACUCGCUACGCAGGUUGCCAACCGGGGAGAGCGAUCGGGGGCCCUACCAUUAGCAGCGCCACAAAACGAACAACCGGANACUCACGACCAGCCAACGCCAAGAUGUUUCUAG